AUGAGCAGUCGUGAACAAGCGAUCCAACAAGCGCGAAAAACUGUGGAACAACUCAGAGGAGAGCGAAACAUGCGAAGAACUCCUGUUUCUGCUUCAGCUGCAGACUUGAUAAGGUUCACUCAAGAUCUUCAGCGCGAAGACGUCCUACUGACCGGAUUUCCAAACGACAAGAUGAAUCCGUAUCGUCCCAAGACCGGAGGAAAACCUAUGAAUAUGGAAAUGGAGCAGUUCGAAUCGCCCAUUAUGCUUUUUAAACAGGACGAAAGGGCAUAUUUUGGAGAAUUGUCCAACCUAUGA